GAUAGGUGUGGAGUAAUGGGUGUAUCACUGUCACUCAUUCACAUUGUUGGCAUUUGCUUCUUUUCAGUUUCAGUGGAGCAGAUCAAAAACCUCCACAAACGAUUCGAGCAGCUGAGUGGAAAUGAAGAGACUAUAAGUAGAGAAAACUUGGAAAACAUACCAGCCCUCGCCAACAAUCCAAUCAGAAGGCAAAUUAUUGGAGCAUUCUUCGAUAAAAGGAACCAGCAUCAGAAUGAGGUGGGCUCCUUCGAGGAGAUUGGCUUCGAGCAGUUCCUCAUGGUCAUGUCCCACUUCCGCCCUCCAACUUUGAAAACAACGGAAGAGGAGAGGGAAACUAUGAGAAAGGAAAAGCUUCGCUUCCUGUUCAACAUGCACGACACAGACAAUGAUGGCACCAUCACUCUGGAGGAGUACAGGAAGGCAGUAGAGGAGCUUCUGUCAAAGAGUGGAGCCAUCGGGCAGGAAGCUGCCAAGGCAAUAGCAGAUGCUGCCAUGUUGGAGGUGGCAAGCACAAAUGUGCCCCACAUGGCCCCGGACGAUUUCUAUGAAGGAAUUACAUUUGAGCAUUUUGAACAGAUUUUAAAAGGUCUUGAAAUGGAGUCCCGGAUGCACAUUCGCUUUUUGGAUGUAGACACCACAACAAUGCAUUGUGGGAGAUCAACCUCUUGAAGGAGUUGUUCUUGUAAAGGAAUGUUUAUGUUGCUGCUGUUUUUAGCAGGAAUUCUCUAGUCCUUAAAUAGAAUGAAGCCAAAUUCUUUUGAUAUGCACUACUGUAUUUUUGGACAGAGACAAAUAAUCCAACUUUUUUCUACUUUAUUAGAGAGACAACCUGCUGCUGUUGCAGUUUCAGGUUUGACUAAAGAGUUGAAGUAUUCUGUGAAAAAGGACAUGUACUUCUAAAGUUCUCUGUUAAGCCUAAAAAUUCCAUUUCAUGUAAUUUUUCAAUUUUCAAGCAUUGUUAUUCUAAAAGUAACAAGUGUCACACAUUUAGAAGAAAAUGAUUUCCAUAUAUUUUGUCACUCUCCUGUUCAUUUCUAUCAAAUUUCAAACUAACACUACCUCUCUGUAUUCUCCUGCUGUUCUACAAAUCUUUAUGUAAUCAGCAUGUAAUGUAAAGGAUUCUUUGUAUUUUAGUCAAAAGCUUCACAUGUCAUGCCUCUGGAAUCCACAGGUCGCCUGUUGUGGCGUUCAAACUGUAAGACUGCAGGCACAAGCCAUUCUCUGUAGCUCCAGAAGAGUUAUAGGUUUACUCUAUCUGUUCCUCUGAGACUGUGUGUUACCAUCCACCUCUGUUCUACCUUGAAAAUCCACUUAACUUUCCCUAAGAUGAAUUAUUACAGUUUUUUGCACAGAAUUUUGUUAAUGAACAAAAUAAAUCAAACACAUUCUGAUAAAAAUAAAUG